AUGGCCGACGCACCUCCGCCCCCCCGCCAGCCUCUCGCCCCCGUCCAAGACAUCGACCACCUCGUCCUUACCUGCGCCUCCAUCCCCGCGACGCUCACCUGGUACACCUCCCACCUGGGCAUGCAGGCCACGAGCUUCGCCUCCGAGGCCGACCCGUCCGUGACGCGGCACGCGCUGCGCUUCGGCACGCACAAGAUCAACCUGCACCAGCGUGGGCGGGAGUUCGAGCCCAAGGCCGCCACGGCGCUGCCCGGCACCGCGGACCUGUGCUUCCUGAUCGAUCCCGGCGUGGACCUCACGGCCGUGGCGUGCGGUUUCGCGGACGUGGGCGUGGAGGUGCUAGAGGGGGGAGGCGUGGUGGGCAGGACGGGGGCGAGGGGGAGGAUUAGGAGCGUGUAUGUGCGGGAUCCGGAUGGGAAUCUGAUUGAACUGUCGCAGUACGUCGAACAAUGA